CUAAAUUUUGUGCAUUGAGAGUUUAAGAUAAGAAUACAAUGGAUUUCGAUAAUGCCAAGGAGAACAUACAGCCCUUGGCCAGUGGACGCAAUGUGUGCCUCCUGCAAGCCUCGCUUACCCAAGACGCCUCCCAAGAGCUGAGCGCACAGCGGAAGCAGCUCGAGUUGAAUAUAAACAAUUACAAGGGUGACGAUCCGUUGGAGCCGUGGUAUGCCUACAUAUGCUGGAUUGAACAGAGCUAUCCGGCGGGCGGCACCAAUUGCGGCCUGCAGAAGGUCAUGCAGAAAUGCCUCACCCGCUUCGAGCAGGAUGAGCGCUAUAAACAGGACCAAAGACUUAUAAAACUCUUCAUUAAAUUCAUGGGCAACCAAGGCGAUCAGAUUGAGUGCUAUCAGCAGAUGUACAACAGCGGAAUUGGCACCAUGCUGGCCGAUUUUUAUAUAGCCUGGGCCUAUAGCUACGAUCUGAGUGGCAACAUGCGCAAAGCAAACGAAAUCUUUCGCCUCGGCAUCGAAUGCCGUGCCCAGCCACUGGAGAAGCUUAAGGAGGCCCAACUGCACUUCGGCUAUACGGUUGCCCAGCGCUUACUUUAUAACGAGGGCGAGAUAGCCGAUGUCACACAGGAGCUCAACGAUCGCCGUUUAGCGCUGCGCUCGCUGCAUGGCCAGAAGCGUGAGAACACCGUCACAGUGGGCAGCGUACGGACGGGAGCUGCUGUCAAAAGUAAUACGCCCGGCGUGGUGCAAAACUCUGGACCCAGCACGAGUCGAGCCAGUCGCAAUCCCAACCGUCAGCUGGCAGUAUUCAAUGAUGAGAAUGCCGAUGUGAACGUGCCGCCAACGGAGCAGCCAGCUGCUAGUGAAGCAGAGGCCGUAGCUGAGGGCAAAUCCAGUUUACGUUCGAUUAUUGAUGCGACACGGCAACAGGAGAAUCUCAAGGAAACCAUUGCGUGGAGCAAACCGCACAAGCACGGCAGGAUCUUUGGCUCGACGGCUGCACAUGAUCCGGCCUUUGCCAUACACGUGGAUGAGAAGACACACCCGCCUAUCAUUGAUCCCGAGGGCAACGACAUUAAGCCCUUUAAAAGUCCAGCGAACUUUGUACCGAAGAAUGUACCCCAGACUGCUUGGGUGACGCCUGUUACAAUUGAGGAUGAGCCGGAUGGAAAUACGUUGCCGUGCUACAACAAAUGCAUGCUGUAUCCACGUCCCAACAUGGAGUUCUCGCCGGAGGAGUAUCGUGCCUAUUGCUGGCUCAAAAGUCGCAGCGAUCAGCAUCCCUAUGUCCUGCGCAACGAAUCAUGGUGGAGCAAUGGUCCAGCUUACGGUGUCCGUCGCUAUCCGAACUUUGCAAGCGUCUCCAAGCCACAGGCACGCGAUGAGCUGGAUGCCUACUAUAAGCCGCCUGUGGCACCAUCUAUAACCACAUUGCUGGACAAGAUCUACAACGAUGAGCAGCAGCAGGAGUAUCAGCUGGAGGAGCUGGUGGCAAAGUGGCGACAGAAGGAACGCGCUGCUCAAGGCGUCGCAGACAUGGAGGAGACGGUGUGUCUGCCAGGUGAACAGAUGCCGCGACGAAAGAGCUUCUUCCCAGCCAUGCAGCCAGGAUCUAGUAGAAAAUCCGUUAUGCCCAGAAUAUCGUGUUUGAGGGAAGAGGAGGAGGAUGAAGAAGAGGAGCUGCAGCAGCAAGAGCAGACUGAACCGGUUGCCAAGCCCAAAACACCUGAUCCAGUGGCCAACCAAAUAUGGGUAGAUCCUGCAGCAGCUACAACUGAAACUCUAACUCCAACUCAAAUUCCAAUUGAAACUGCAAUUACAACUGCUGCUCCAAGUGCAGCAUCACCUAUGGAGGAUAAAUUUGUAAUGCCAGCGCCGCCCACACGUAAAAUAGAAAUAUUUGAGGAUGAGGUGAUGCCGCCGCCACAAUCGGCAGUAAAGCCAGCUUCGAGCGGAUUCUUCGAUGCGGAUGAAACGUGCUCCACGCAAAUGUUCAACAUAUUCAUUAAAUCGCAGGCAGUGAGCACACCCAAGGCGCCACAGAAGCAACAGUCAACGCGUCAAUUUGGCACCAUACUCAAGGAGACGCCAGUGGCGGCUCCACCGACUCCGACCACUGAGGAGCACGCGGAGUUGGAAGCGGCACCUGUGGGUUCGCCCAUACUGCGCAAGCAGCUCUCCACCAUACUGGAGACAUCGGAGCAUGCCAUUGGUGGCAGCACCAAAUCGACGCUCACAUCGAAUGCCUCCGCUUCGCCCGGUUCGCAGCUGACGGGCAAAUCGGAGGCAUUGCAGGGUGGCGAAUGCACGCCGGGCCCGACGCGACUGCAGCGUCAACUAUCCAUCGUUGGCGAGGAGAUGCCUUCCAUUACCGAUCCCGCUUCUGCUGGCAACUUUCAGCGGCCGGAGAUGUGGGAGCCGAAUGCGCCCAGUGUGCCAUUACUGAAAUCGUUGCGAUUCCAGGAGGAUAAAACUGAAACGGUGACCCGUCCACUGUUAUCCUGCUUUCAGGAUGAUAAAACCGAAACUUUGCCCCGACUGCCAUUGACCAUACCGAACACACCGAUGCAUCAACGGAUGGCGCAGCCAUCGGUGCCACAGCUGCCAACGCAGAGCGAUGAAGAUGACAUUUGCGGCCUGUUUGCCCAGUCGCCGCCAAUGUCCAAGGCAUUUGAUUCACCACUCUACGCGGCCAGCUCGAAGCGCUUUUGUAAUCAGCAGACGCCGAACCAGAUGAGUAAGACAAGGAAGCAAGCUGAGCAGCCCAAGCGGAAUUGCUUUGAGGUGUUUGACGACCAAGAGUACUCGCUACCUGUGGCCAAAGCCAGCAUUAACAAAUUGGCCGACUCAUUUAUGGCUGAUUUAUCCUUUGUGCCAGAGACGCAGUUGCCGCCAAAAAGUCAAGCGACUGUUCAAAAGAAAUUGGAAAUCUUUUUGGAUGAUACAAUGCCGCCACCUCCGCCGCCAGAGGUGCCACCACUGAUGAACUUCACAUUACCGGAAACUCAACCAGAUGUGGAAGUUCUUGGGCCGGCGCACUUGACUGCCUCGUUUAUGAAGGAUUGCACGCAGCUAAGCAUCUGCCCCAUCCCGGAUAAGAGUCAAACGACAAACAAGUUCGAUGUAUUUCGGGAUGAGUCCAAUCCACUCCUACUGCCGCCGCUGCCGCCGCUGCCAAUCGUCAUAUUGGAUUGCACAUUGCCCGAAACGCAGCCAGAAGGACGAGGAGCAGCAGCUGCUGUUGUCGAGCAGCUGGAGACCAUCGGACCCGCUCAUCUGACCGCCUCGUUUAUGAAUGAUUUCACAGAGCUAAGCAAAUGCCCCUCAACGUCUUCCAGCACAUCAACAGCAAAAACAGCUGAAACAAAGCGCAAGUUUCUUCAGGAAUCGAACUCACAGGCGGAAUCGGAGAAACAGUCUGGCGAUUACUUUGAACUAAAUGCGGCGACCGAAAUGUUUGCGAGCAACAACAGCAUGAUAAAGAACUCGACGGUGCUGCCCGAGGCAAGCAGAGGCAAGCCCAGCAAAUCACCGGUUCACCGAAGGCAGCCUGGACCGACGAUUAUCAUAGAGGAAACCAUCGGCAAUGAUUUAGAUGAUAGGAGCAUAUAUUACAAGAAAACACCGCUGACGCCAAAGCAAUCGUCCCACAAUUCCUGGCACGAAUCGAUGCCAAAUGAGAACUUUGAGCACCGCAAGGCCAGUGUGGAUGAAUCCGUGCUAAACGAAACGCUGGCCAGCCGCAAUGUGAAUCCCUUCAGUAUGGAUGUCAUAAAUUCACUGCUGGACUCCAUUGAGUUCUCGCUGUAUAUUGAGAAGCUGCCGAAUUGCCAGCUGCAAGGACAUGUACAGCGCCUAAAGCCACAGUCCACGCUCGAGGUCAAUGGCGACAGGUUUGAGGUCGACAAAAUGAUUGGCAAGGGCGCCUAUGGUUCCAUAUUUAGCGGUAUUCAUUGCAAGUCGGGCAAAAAAGUCGCCUUCAAACAGGAGAAGCCCACCAACUAUUGGGAGUAUUACAUCUGCCUGGAGGUGCACUCUCGGCUGGCCAGUGAGGAGAUGCUACCCGCAUAUAUGCACAUCGAUUAUGCUCUGGUGGGCAAUAAUAGCAGCGUUUAUAUAAUGGAACUUUCGACUUACGGCUCGCUGAUCUGUGUGUGCAACAAAUACAAGAAGCACACCACCAAGAAUUUGGAUGAGUAUAUUGUGAUGCAUCUCUGCUGUCAGCUGCUCGACAUUGUCGAUCAUCUGCAUGCCUUGGGCAUCAUUCAUGCCGAUAUUAAAGCGGAUAACUUUCUACUCACGAGACCCUUGAGUGGACAACCAAAUGAGCUCAGUGUGCAGUUGAUUGACUUUGGUGUGGCAAUUGACACCAAACUUUUUCCGCCCAAUCAGACGUUCGACUAUGUGAACAAUGAGGAUGCCUUCAAGUGCAUUGAGAUGCGCACCCAACGCCGCUGGACGUAUCAACUGGAUUUAUUUGGUCUGGUGGGAGUGAUGCAUGUGCUGCUCUUUGGCAGUUACAUGGAAGUGACGCAGCGUCAGGCGGGCGGCGUUUGGAUGCCGAAGACGGCAAUUCCUCGCUACUUUCAUCGUCAGACAUGGGAGUCCAUAUUCCGGACGCUGCUCAAUGUACGCGACUGUCGCAGCAUGCCAAAUUUACAGGAAUUGCGAACGCUGCUCAAAUCUGAUCUGGCUGAAAACGAGAAAUGUGCCGAGGCGGCCAUAGCCAAGUUCAAUAUGAUUAUGAAAAGCACAAAUUAGGAUAAAUGACGAUGGGAAUUGCGAAAUUCGGUCCUAUAAGUUUUUUAAAAAUGUUUAAAUUGUUUUGUUUUUAAAUAGUUAACAUUAUUGUGUAUGCAAUUGUGUGUAUUAAUGUAAAAUUUCGCAUAUUUCUGUUUGAAUUCAGCGAGAAUUGUGUCCAACUAAUUUAGGUUUAAAUUCAAGUCGCGACCAACGUAUGUAUUUGUCUUGUCUUCAAUAAACAUAUUUAUUUCCUAAUAUUA